AUGCACCAUAACCACGCCCCUUCGAUGCAAAGGGAACACGUAGCAGGCUCCCCGCUCGUCACCACCGAAGGCGGACGCAAGGCCUCUAUCGGAGGAGCUACCAGUGUAGGAGGGAGGAGGAUGAGCGGGGUGAUCCCCAGUCCGAGUGGACGGAGGGGGAGUGGGAGUGUUGUUACGCCCGGUGGACAGGUGGUUGCUUAUCAUACGAGGACGAAUGACGACCUCACUUAUCCUCACGCCGAGAAGAAAACCAUCGCCGACCACUUGAGGAAGUACGAGGCGCUCUUUACCCUCUCGCCCCAGAGGAUGAGGAUGAUCGUACACGCCUUCGAGGAGACUCUGGACAAGGGUCUUCAGAAGGACGGAGAGAUCGUACCUAUGAUCCCGACCUUCGUCUUUGGCUACCCCAGCGGCAAAGAGACCGGUGAAUACCUCGCCGUCGAUCUCGGUGGUACCAACUUGAGGGUCUGUCUGGUCACCCUGCACGGAGAGGGGAGGUUCGAGGUCACCCAGACCAAGUACCGGUUGACCGAGGAGCAGAAGCAGGACGAGGGGCAGAAGUUGUUCGACUUCUGUGCCGAGUGUCUGGGAUCGUUCAUCACCGACAACUUGGGGAGGACCGAAAAGGACGAAGAGUUGCCCUUGGGUUUCACUUUCUCUUACCCUUGCUCGCAAGAGCGAAUUGAACACGGCGAGCUUAUCAGGUGGACCAAGGGUUUCGGAGCUCCUAACGUCGAGGGACACGACGUCGGAGCCAUGUUCGAGAAGUCGUUGAAGAAAUUCAACGUCCGAUGCAAGAUGACCGCCUUGAUCAACGACACCACCGGUACCCUGAUCGCUUCCAACUAUGUCGACCCGAACACCAAGAUUGCCUGUAUCUUUGGUACCGGAUGUAACGCUGCUUACAUGGAGCAGGCCGGAAACAUUCCCAAGAUGGACGAGUUGGGUCUGGCUCCCGAGCAGGACAUGGCCAUCAACUGUGAAUGGGGUGCCUUCGAUUCGUUCGACCACCAACACUUGCCCCGAACCAAGUUCGACAUCAUCAUCGACGAGUCGUCCAACAAGCCCGGCGAGCAGUCCUUUGAGAAGAUGAUCGCCGGUCUCUACCUCGGAGAAGUCUUCCGACUCGUCUUGACCGAGCUCAUCGAAUCGGGUCACAUGUUCUUGGGUCAGAACACUUACAAGCUCGAAAAGGCCUACGCCGUCGACACCGCCUUUUUGUCGCUUAUGGAGAGCGACCCCACCGACGAGCUCUUGACCGUCAUCGGAGUCUUUUCCUACUUCUUCGGGCUCGAGACCACCUUGGAGGAACGAGUCUUUUUCCGAGACUUGGCCAAGUUGAUCGGUCGACGUGCGGCUCGAUUGAGUGCCUGUGGUAUCGCCGCCAUUGUCAGCAAGAAGGGAUACCUCGAGGAAGGGUGUGCUGUCGGUGCCGAUGGUUCCCUGUACAACAAAUACCCUGGAUUUGCCGACCGAAUCCACGAGGCUUUGGUCGACAUCUUUGGCGAAAAGGGAAAGAACAUUGUUACCCACCACGCCGAGGACGGAUCGGGUGUUGGUAGCGCCAUCAUUGCUGCUAUGACCAAGUCCCGAAAGGAUGCCGGUCACCACAUCAACCUCUAA